UUCUGGUCCACAUCUCGCUUUUGCCUUUGGUCAACGACAUGUCCGCGUACAGCUUUACUCCCGACGAGUCGGACCUCCUCAGCCGCAAGCCACGCCUGGGAACGUUGACCGUGGGGGAGAAGAUCGCCGAAGCCGACCUUCUAAAGCAGCAAGGCAACCUAUAUUUCAAAGCGGGCUUGUUCAAGAAAGCCAACCAACAUUACGUCAAGAUCUUCCUAUACGUCAAUGGGUUGAGUGUCGCCGGCGAUGGCAUGUCGUCGUAUGCGAAGGGGGCCGCGAAUGCGUCUGCAUCGGAAUCGGAAGGAGUUGCGAUCACGCAGCUGAAAGUCGCGGCGCACUCGAACAUGGCCAUGUGCCAUUUGAAGCUGGACAACCCAGACAAAGCCAUCGAGCAAGCGGACAAAGUACUGGCCAUCGCCCCAGGUCAUGUCAAAGCUCUUCUUCGAAAAGCCCAAGCGUACCGCCAAAAAGGAAAGUACGCGCUGGCGAAGGACCUCCUUCGAGAGGCACUGGUGGUCGAGCCCAAGAAUGCAGUAUUGCGAAGCGAAUUGAAGCAAGUGCUGGAAGACGCCCAACUGCACCCCGAAGUCGACGAGAUGAAAGCCAAAAUGACCAACAUGUUCAACAAGGCUGGUGGAAUUUACAAGUAAAUGAUAGUAAAAUAUCCCGUACAGCAGUUAAUAAAAACUUUCGACAAAGACUGCAAUAAUAAUAAAAAUGAUUUAUUGAUUUCAUUUCAACGCGA